CGAACGUUGUUAAAAAAAAAAAAAAAAAAAAAAAAAAGAACAAGGGAAAACUGAAAAGAAAAAACGCGAUGUCGUGUUCGGUUGCUGUAUCAAACUCUCCUGUGUUUUCUCCGUCGUCGUCUCUUUUCUGUAACAAAACUUCGAUCAUCUCUCCGUCAUCUGAAGCUUUGAAUUUAACGCUGACUCACCUAAAACCUUCGUCUUCUCCUGCUUCUCCGUCUCCUUCUUCGCCUUCGUCGCCUUUUAGGCUUCGGCUUCAAAAAACGCCGUCUGGGUCUUUGUUGUCGUCUUCUUUUUCUGCCUCAAAGUCAACUUCUUCUUCGGGUUCGGAUUCAACUGCAGGUUUAGGACUGGGUUCGGUGUCAACGAUAUUGAAGAGGAAGAGGCCGGCGAGGCUGGAUAUACCAGUGGCAACGACGGCUAUGUGUUUUGGGGUUCCAGCGACGCCGUGUGAAGUGAGGAGAGAGGUUGAGAGAGAGGGAGAUGGAUAUUCUGUUUAUUGUAAAAGAGGGAGGAGGGAGGCUAUGGAGGAUAGGUUCUCAGCUUCUGUAAAACUCCAAGGAGAUUCUAAACAGUCAUUUUUUGGUGUGUUUGAUGGACAUGGAGGUCCUAAAGCGGCAGAGUUCGCAGCUCAGAAAUUGGAGAAGAACAUUGUAGAUGAAGUUGUUAGAAGAAGAGACAUGACUAAGGUAAAGAAAGCUGUUAAAGAAGGUUAUUUGAAAACAGAUGCUGAGUUUCGUAAGGAAGACGUCACUGGUGGAACAUGUUGUGUGACAGCUUUGAUCCAAAAUGGAAACCUUGUUGUAUCUAAUGUUGGUGAUUGUCGUGCUGUUUUGAGCAGAGGUGGUGCUGCUGAAGCUCUCACCUCUGAUCACCGACCUUCAAGGGAGGAUGAAAGGAACAGAAUUGAGAAUUUGGGUGGCUAUGUGGACUUAUGCAAUGGUGUUUGGAGAAUUCAGGGUACUCUAGCUGUCUCCAGAGGAAUUGGAGACCAGCACCUUAAACAAUGGGUAAUAGCUGAGCCGGACACUAAGAUCAUUAGUAUCAAACCCGAAUGCGAGUUCUUAAUAUUAGCCUCUGACGGCUUAUGGGAUAAGGUUAGCAAUCAGGAAGCAGUUGACAUUGCCCGUCCUUCAUGUGUUGGCAUCAAUAAGCCAAAUCUAUUGGGUGCCUGUAAAAAGCUUGUCGACCUUUCUGUUUCACGAGGCUCAUUUGAUGAUAUUAGCGUGAUGCUUAUUCAGCUGGAGAACUAUAUUUGAUUGUCUAAUUUCUAAAAUGUAGGCAACCAAUUAACUCAUAGGAUUGAGUCUGUCUGAUAUUUUCCUGAUUGCUGUUAUGAUGGGAGGAGAAGACAGACAGAAUCUCAGUACAAGUAUGAUUCAUUUAGAGCUAGUUGCUGGAGGUGUUUUGAGACUCAGAUGUGUUAACAGAUGCUGUAGAGGUGGAAGUUGGGUUAUUUUGGUCGGGCACCAUGAUUUAGUCUUUUUAUUGACCAUUUCUUUGUGGGGAUUUUUAUACCCACGGCUGAAGAAGAGAUCACAGAGACUCAGUUGUAAACUUGUUUCUAUAUUUGACAUUCAUUAACCUAAGAGUUGUACAUCAGGAUAUUCUUUAUAUAAACAAUUUUUGAAUAAUUCUUUUCAAUGGCGCGAUUCUUUUUUGUA